GCUCACAGUGUCCGUCGUCACCGCCCCGACCAAAAGGGGCUGGGAGCGCGGGGCAGCGAAAUGCAGGGCCCUGGUCUGGCGUCCCGGGUGCGAAGCGGGACUGCAGUGCACUGGGGAACCGCCCCCGCCUGGCGUCCGUGGCCCCUCCCACCCGUGGGGGCGGGGCGAGGGGCGGGGCGAGCACGUGACCCCCGGGGACGACGCCGCGUGCGGCUGUGGCGAACAUGGCACUGUGGGCUCGGCCCGCCGUUCGCGCACUCGGACUCUGGGGCCCAGGAGUGUUCCAGGUGGAAGAAGGCCCAUAUCUCGUUCCGCCAGGGUCUCAGGUGUCCUUGGAAGUGGAGGCAGUGGCGAGAGGGAGAAACUUUCCCUGCAGGACGUGGCUGAGCUGAUCCGAGCCGGAGGCUGCCCGCGGGUGCUGGUCAUGGUGGGCGCCGGCAUCAGCACGCCCAGCGGCAUCCCGGACUUCAGGUCUCCGGGGAGCGGCUGGUACAGCAACCUCCAGCAGUACGACAUCCCCUACCCGGAGGCCAUUUUCGAGCUCCCAUUUUUCUUUCACAACCCCAAGCCCUUUCUCGCUCUGGCCAAGAAGCUGUACCCUGGGCACUACAGGCCCAAUGUCAUCCACUACUUCCUGCGACUGCUGCACGACAAGGGGCUGCUUCUGCGGCUCUACACACAGAACAUCGACGGGCUCGAGAGAGCGUCUGGCAUCCCUGCCUCAAAGCUGGUUGAAGCUCACGGUUCCUUUGCCUCUGCUACCUGCACUGUCUGCCGAAGAACCUCCCCAGGGGAGAACUUUUGGGCCGAUGUGCUGGUGGACAGGGUCCCCCGCUGCUCCGUGUGCACCGGCAUCGUUAAGCCCGACAUCGUGUUCUUUGGGGAGCCGCUGCCCCAGAGGUUCUGGCUGCAUGUGGUUGACUUCCCCAUGGCAGACGUGCUGCUCAUCCUCGGGACCUCCCUGCAGGUGGAACCCUUUGCCAGCUUGUCUGAGGCCGUGCGGAACUCGGUGCCCCGAGUGCUCAUCAACCGGGACGUGGUAGGGCCCUUGGCGUGGUGUCCUCGCAGCAGGGACGUGGUCCAGCUGGGGGACCUGGUUCACAGCGUGGAAAAGCUGGUGGAGCUGCUGGGCUGGACAGAGGAGAUGAAGGACCUUCUCCAGCGGGAGACCGGAAAAGCGGGCUGCUGAGCAGGGCC